AUGGAGUCCCCGGCCCGCCGAAAGCAGAUUCUCUCGGAACAGGCUUACAACCUCGCUUCGCAAACCUACCUCCGCAUCCCAGGCAUCCUCCUCGACCCGAUCCCGAUCCUGAUCCCCUAUGUCCACCGCGCAGCCCUGACAUUCCUCAAGCCGUCGCAGUUCAAACUAGACCGAUCGUGGGAGGAGUACUACGACGUCCUCCAGCCCUUUGACGACGUCGCUUACAAAUUGGUCGAUGUCUUCGAGUACUGCAUCAAUGAGCUGAAGUAUAGUGUUCCCGCAGCCGAGAAGCAGCUGUCUUCUGAGAAACCCGACUGGAAAGCCCCAUUUGAGCGAGUCCUCGACAACUUGGGCUCUGCCGCCAAGGGCGUUGGUCUGCGUGCUGACGAUGUCAUGUGGAUUGCUUUCUUGUAUACCCGCGCCUACGCAAACACCCCCAAGGCCUUCCGCGUCAAGGACCGAAAGUACUGGUUCAAGGCUAAUAUUCGGUACUUGCAUGAUUUGCUCGCUGAGUGGGAGGUUUUGUUGAAGGAGAAGGGCUUUGAGUGGCCUGUUAUCUUCUCUGGGCUUUUUGGUGGUUGA